GAGAAAAACCGGCCUUUCAACCAAACCGGAAGUUGUCCGAAGCUUAUUACGCACGCACAUGUUACCUUCGCUUGCUUUGGUGGCCGCUGUCUUGAAAACAUGAAGCUCCUGACGCACAACAUGCUCACCUCCCACGUGCGAGGAGUGAGGCCCGGUGGAGGAUUCCCCCUUCGUAUCCAGGUAACGGGGAUUUCUUCAGACCACGCCCACUUUCCCACUCUAGAAUUGGGUGGUGGGAGCAGAGUAUAUAUAACGUGGGGACUUGACAGCCAGGGUCCCUCCUUCACACUCACCCGCCGCUUUGUUAGUUUUUGCUGCCUAACUGGAAUCUGGUGUUUAUGCUUGCUGACAACAAUCACCAGUAAUUAGUAUCUCUAUAGUGCUUGCUAUGAACAAUCAUUUAGCUGAAAAACAACGCUGUAAGGUUGAGCUUGGUCUCGUUAUUUACUGUGUUUAUAUCCUACCUUUUGUCCAAGGGACUCAAGGUGGAGUAUGUGGAAUACAGCAUUGCUGUCUUAUAUCAAGUCAGAUUGUUGGUCCAUCUAACUUUGUCGAACUUGCUGGUAGUGGCUCUCUGGGGCAUCAAACAGAGCCUCAUUGGAAAUGGCGUAUAUUAAAACUCUGAUUUAUUUAAACACACACGCACACAUCUUCCCCCUAAGGCCACUUGCCAGUUAUGUGACAAGUGAAUUAGUGGCUUUCUAGUUCAGUUUCUUAGCCACAAUACUGCAUCCACUCUCAUUUAUAUAGCACAUUUCAUGUGCUGAAAUUUCUUUAUUUAGAUUGUUAGUAAUCUGUAGGCUAUUAUUGUUGUAGAUUUGUGGUGCAGAAGUAAUACACAUCAGUUUUGUCAUAUCUGCUUACAGUCCAGUCCUACGUAUAUCUGCUUGGAAAUAAUCCCAUUGAGCUCAAUGGAGUUUAUUUCCAUAGAGGUUGGGAUAGGUUUGCACCAUUAGUAGGUUUAGUGCCAAAAUGGAAUUCUGUACCUGGGACUUCACAUGUCAUGCCUUUGUUACCAUACUGCAUGUGACAUAAAGCUCUGCUGCAGGGGUGGCCGAUGUGGAGCUCUCCAGAUGCCAUUGUACUACAGCUCCCAUCAGCUUCUGCUAGCAUGGUAAGGGAUGAUGGGAGUUGUAGUCCGAGUACAUCUAGAUGGCACCAUGUGGACUAUGCCUGUUCCAAUACCAUUCUCUCUGUCCUCCUCCCCCUCCACCCCUCCCACCUCUGGGAAUCCUACUACACUUAGAGAAAUGCAGGGGAGGAAAUAUUUGUUCCCUUGUUCUUUGAGCCACACUGCUCUCCCAUCAGCCUUUCCCCCCUCUAACAGGCCACAGAAGUGAAGGUGAACAAUGUUGAUUUCAACCCGGAGUUCACAGCACGGAUGGUACCCAAGGUGGAAUGGGCAGCUUUGGUAGAGGCAGCGGAGAGUGUGAGUAAUUGGCUCUGGAAGUUUUUUUGGGGGGUAGGGGGAGACUGGCUAGAAUUAUAGAGGUGUAGUCUCUUUUUUCCCUUCCUACAGCCAAUUGCUAUUUAUAUUUUUGUAUGUGUGUGUACACACCCACACCCACACGAUUUCCUCCAUUUACUGUAAACCACCCUAGGAAUUUAUGAACUGAAGGGUGUUGUAUGCCUAAAUAAACUUGUGUUUAGACUUCUGCACAGUCUGGAGAAUGGACAGCUUGUAUGUCUCAAAUGAACCAAGUGACAUAGGAAGGGGAAGGAGCCCACAGAUUUUCAAGUGUGUUACUUGACUGGUGGAGAUCUAAGGCAAAGAGCAUAUAGGUUCCCCGCAGUCAGUCAAGACUGCCUGUGGAGGACAGAAAAGUUUUCCAUUCCUGACUUGGUGGAGGUGGGCCUACCCUGUCUUCUGCCGCCACCUGAGCAGACAAAUGCCAGAGCGAAGCUCGUGGGUGGAGUAAAAUAUCCAGUAUUUGGUGGUUAAACAGAGAUAACUGGUCCUUGAAUAGUGGAAGGUUGUGAAAAUGGCACAAACUGUUAUAUUCUGCACCCUUCUGCAGUUGGGUCACCGAUCAGACCUGCCCCCUGAGCCCAUCCCUGACUUCGAGAGCAAUGAGGAUUUCCUUCGAAAAGUCCAUCAUGUGCUGAUGGAGGUAAGGGAACCUCUUCUUUGCCUGUUUCCCACCCCGACCCACAGAGUGUGACCACUUGCCUCAAUUCCUAGGAACAAAAUCUAGCAUCUUUCCAGUGCUGUGAUAUCUCCACCUAUCUUCUCUCUCUUCACCUUGCCACUUCCUGUUUUCAACUCCCAAAGUGGUGUGCAGUUCCCUUUACCUGCUGUUUUUAUAUUUCUUCUUGUGCAGGUGGAAGUGGUGGAAGGUGUGCUGAAAUGCCCAGAUACUGGGCGUGAGUUUCCCAUAACUAAAGGGAUACCCAACAUGUUGCUGAGCGAAGAGGAGACUUGAGCUGGUUUGUGUCAGUGGAGCUUUGAGAAGCAAGCCUUGCGGGUGAGGGAGGGUGGGAUAUGUUCCUGUGGAAAGCCCAGCACCCUUAUUUUUCUGUUGGGGGGAGGAGAUGCUCUGAAUAUAAUAUUGGGUUGCUUUUUUGUGCAUGUAAAUAAAUGCAAGUUCUUGAAUCUCGGUGUGUCAAUUUAACUGUGUGGAUCUCUUGUCGUUGCCCCUUAUUGUGCAGGUGCUUGAUCUCCCCGUUUCUCAGCCUUAUUCUUCAACGUUUUUAGCAGACGC